AUAAUAAUUAAUUGAAAAAAAAAUAUGGUAGUGUAUAACUAACAUAAUUUGCGUAAAUCAAAUAUAAAAAAAUAUGGAUCACGAGACUAAAUAUCCAAGCUUGAGUGCAAUUUCUAGCCAUCGCGGCUCAGUGUGUUCAAUAAGAUCGCUUGAAGUUCCUCCAACACCAACGCGUUCACCUAAAAAAGUAUCAUUUUCGGAUGAACUUCCUUUCUCUACCUCCACAAAUGAAUCACCAAUAAAUAAUAAAUCCAAUUAUGGCAGUCAAAACUCUUUACCAAAUGCAGUAACCGAAGAGGAACUUAGCGCUGUGAAUCAUGUACUACUACAAGCAGCGCAUUACCUCGAGAAAUUGCAUGGUUCACGCGACCACGAUCAAAGAUCAGAGCAACCAACCAAUGCCUCAGAACAAAGACCUCAACAAAGUAUACAACAAAUUGUGAUAGAACAUGAAACUAAAAAUAGUAAACUUAAUAAUAAUAACAGAAAUUUAAAUAUAAGCAUUAGUGAUUUACAUGAAAUAAUUGAAGAAAACCCAUCAGUUAAUGAAAAAUUACAUAACAAUGAAACAUCGACUUCCUCACCUGCCGUACUUAACAUUGAUGACUCUUUUGAAAUUAUAACUAAUUUAUCAGAACAAGAGAAGCCAACACAAAAUUUUUUGAAUCAAUCAAAUCAAACAAUAAAUUUAACAAACAAUCAAUUUUCUGCACCUGAUAUGCCGUCACAUAUGGAGGAAAUCAGCGAAGAACAAGUGCAUGUAGUCAAAUACAUGGAUCGUUACAAUCUUAAUUUAGAUAAGAACUGCAGUUCAAUGGAACUGGAAGCGAGACGUGAAAAAUUACGUUGGUUGUUGAUAUCAGAAUGCAGUGCUCUAUUAGAUGGUGGCAAGCACACCAGAGAAGGCUUCCGGAAACAAUUUUUAGAUGAAGAAUUCCAAAGAAAACUUUUCUAUUUAUUUGAUUUGGAAGGCAAUGGCUACCUCGUACAAGACCGAUGGGUUGAACACUUAAAAGGACGCUUAACUGAUGACAGACAGAUGGAUUUCGCAGAGCAACUUGAAUCAGUGGCAUAUGUAAUAUGUGGUGAAAAAAGUAAAAUUACCUUCAAAAAUUUUAAAGAAAUUUGGCAGACACGUGGUGUACUAGAUAAAUUAUAUCGACUGAUUGAUACGGAUAGCACAAAUUUGAUAUCAACUAAUCAAAUUAUGGAAUUUAUAUCACACCUCACUAACUCAAGACCACGCACUGGCUUCGACAAGAGCUCCUUAGCACGCCUGGAACAAUUAUUUCGCAACACUGUUGGUAAUGAGCAGGAAAUACGACGCGAAGAAUUCAAAAAAAUUGUUACAUCAAAGAAUCCUUUCUUUACGGAACGUGUCUUUCAAAUAUUUGACAAGGACAAUUCUGGUUCGAUAUCAUUACAAGAGUUCAUUGAUGCAAUACAUCAAUUUUCUGGACAAUCCGCGGAUGAUAAAAUACGUUUUUUAUUCAAAGUAUAUGACAUUGACGGUGAUGGUUUGAUUCAACAUAAGGAACUGCACGAUGUAAUACGUGCUUGCAUGGAGGAAAAUGGCAUGGAGUUUUCAGAGGAACAGAUUGAAGAUCUAACCACAGCUAUGUUUGAAGAUGCCGAUCCAUACAAUCGAGGUGAAAUAACUUAUGAAGCUCUUAAGAAUCAAUUAAACAAACAUGGUGGAUUAUUGGAAAAUCUAAGCAUAACGUAA